AUGUCUGCAAACAACUUCUCCGGUACCAAUCCCGCGGGAUCCAACCACCCCACAAGCACACAACCCACUGCCACCUCCACUAGUGGCAACAAGGGCACUGAGGCUGGAGAAGGCUUGAAGGGCCUCUUCGCCAAGGGUCACGGCAUUGGCGAGUCCAUUCGCGGCAACAUCAACUCAGCGAUUGACGGCUUCACCGGAGACGACGCAUCUCUGGCAAAGAAUGAGCAGGUUGCUCGUGGUGGUGAGCAGGAGUUCCAGACUGGAAAAUUCGGAAAGCAAGGAACCACUGACAAGGCCCUUUAA